GGGGAGGGCUGAGAGUUGGUAUAAGGUCAAUGUAUUGAGCAUGAUAACCAGAAUUUUAGUCUUACUCAUCCAAGCCCAAAUAUUGUAUAAGAAGUUUGUGAAAUCAACCGGCUUUCUGGGGAGUGAACAGUGGGCAGUGAUUCACAUUGUGGAGCAGCGAGCACGCCUCUACCCAGUGGCCUUCUUAUGUUGCUGGGGCCCAGCUGUCAUUCUGAUGAUCAUAAAGCUGACCAAGCCACAGGACACCAAGCUGUAUGUGACCCUGUAUAUGCUCCAGGCUCUAACAGCAGCAUCCCAGGGUCUGCUCAACUGUGGAGUUUAUGGCUGGACACAGCACAAGUUCCACCAACUAAAGCAAGAGUCACAGCGUGAUGCAGAUACCCAGACCCCAUUGUUAUGCUCACAGAAGAGAGUCUAUAGCAGGGGCCUAGAUGCACUGGAGUCUACCCUUGCUUUUGCUACCAGCUCCUCCACCAUUCUUUGA